CUCCGCUCCCGGUGCCGCCGUCAGUGCGCCCGGCACACGCACGCCCCGCAACCCCUCCCUCGCCCCUUCCCCGAUGCUCGGUCUCCGCCAGUCGCAGUCGCUGCAUCCUCUGAGAGCGGCAAGAGGGAGGUCGCCAGGCGCGGCCGCCAGCGGAGACACCAUGUGACGGGCACCGCUCAGUGACACGCAGCUUUGGUUAAAGAGCGGGCGCGCGGGAGGGGAGGCGGCGGGACGCGGGACGCGGAGGAAUGGCCUGACUUUCCCCCUUUAAACCAUCACGAGCCAUGGAUGCGCAAAGGCGACGCGCCCCCCAGUAGGAGAAUGACUGCGAUUCGAGACCCUCCGCGCCCUAGCGUGUGGAUGUAAGUGCGAGGCUGGCGAGCACAGUGUGGGUGGGGGUUGGCGGUGGGGGGAGACUCUGAUGCAAUCGGCCCAGAAAGGAGGAGGAGAGCCAGAGAGCGCGGGCUGGGGUGGCCACGCCGCUCUGCCUGAAGGUCGCCGGGAACCUCCGCCCUUCACCUUCCUCGGAAAUCCGCCACGCCACGCCAAGCUUCCCCGCCCAGCCCUUGCUGACGGAGGCCACCUUUUCCCGGCCGAGACGGCCAGACCUUGAUACAAAGGACAUCACACGGCCGGGGGGGAAUCCCGGAAGGGCGGACACCUGGUCUCCUUUGGCCACUUUUCCCUUUAUUGCCCGAGGUAUUUAUUGAGUGCCUGCUGUAUGCCAGGCACUGUAUCUAUGUGCAUAGAAAAGCCCUGGAAGGUCAUACUCCUGUAUAUGUACAGUGACCAUCUCUGUUUGCUGAGAUACGAGGGGUGUCAAGCUUCUAUUUUUGCUGCUAUCCCUUUGUAAUACACUCAGAGCAGAAUUUGGACUAAUUUUUUGACCACAGAUACUUUCUAAACAUGAUGCAUUUCAAAAGUGGACUCGAAUUAACAGAGUUGCAAAACAUGACCGUGCCUGAAGAUGAUAACAUUAGCAACGAUUCCAAUGACUUCACUGAAGUAGAAAAUGGUCAGAUAAAUAGCAAAUUUAUUUCUGAUCGCGAAAGUAGAAGAAGUCUCACUAACAGCCACUUGGAAAAAAAGAAAUGUGAUGACUAUAUUCCAGGAACAACCUCCUUAGGCAUGUCUGUUUUUAACCUAAGCAAUGCCAUUAUGGGCAGUGGGAUUUUGGGACUCGCCUUUGCCCUGGCAAACACCGGAAUUCUACUUUUUCUGAUACUUUUGACUUCUGUGACACUGCUGUCUAUAUAUUCAAUAAACCUUCUUUUGAUCUGUUCAAAGGAAACAGGCUGCAUGGUUUAUGAGAAGCUGGGAGAACAGGUCUUUGGCACCACAGGGAAGCUCGUAAUCUUCGGAGCCACCUCUCUACAGAACACUGGAGCAAUGCUGAGCUACCUCUUCAUCGUAAAAAAUGAACUACCCUCUGCCAUAAAGUUUCUGAUGGGAAAGGAAGAGGCAUUUUCAGCCUGGUAUGUGGAUGGCCGUGUUUUGGUGGUGGUAGUUACCUUUGGCAUAAUCCUCCCUCUGUGUCUCUUGAAGAACUUAGGGUAUCUUGGCUAUACCAGUGGAUUUUCUUUGAGCUGUAUGGUUUUUUUCCUAAUAGUGGUUAUCUACAAGAAAUUUCAAAUUCCCUGCAUUGUUCCAGAGCUAAAUUCAACAACAAGUGCUAAUUUAACCAAUCCUGACAUGUGUACACCAAAAUAUGUUACCUUCAAUUCAAAGACCGUGUAUGCUUUGCCAACCAUUGCGUUUGCUUUUGUCUGCCACCCAUCAGUCCUGCCGAUUUACAGUGAACUUAAAGAUCGAUCACAGAAAAAGAUGCAGAUGGUUUCCAACAUCUCCUUUUUCGCCAUGUUUGUUAUGUACUUCCUGACUGCCAUUUUUGGCUACUUGACAUUCUAUGAAAAUGUGCAAUCAGACCUCCUUCACAAGUACCAGAGUAAAGAUGACAUUCUCAUCCUGACAGUGCGGCUGGCUGUAAUUGUUGCUGUCAUCCUCACAGUGCCGGUGUUAUUCUUCACGGUUCGUUCAUCUUUAUUUGAACUGGCUAAGAAAACAAAGUUUAAUUUAUGUCGUCAUGUCUUGGUUACCUUCAUACUCUUGGUUAUUAUCAACUUGUUGGUGAUCUUCAUACCCUCCAUGAAGGAUAUUUUUGGAGUCGUAGGAGUUACAUCUGCUAAUAUGCUUAUUUUCAUUCUUCCUUCAUCUCUUUAUUUAAAAAUCACAAGUCAGGAUGGAGAUAAAGGGACUCAAAGAAUUUGGGCUGCCCUCUUCUUGGGCCUGGGGGUGUUGUUUUCCCUGGUCAGCAUCCCAUUGGUCAUCUAUGACUGGGCCUGCUCAUCAAAUAGUGACGAAGGCCACUGAGACCAGCUGAGGACAGGAGACAUUUCCAGACCGCUGCUCGGCCAUGUCACCCCACAUCAGCAAUCUUCAUCACUUCUUUUGCAAGUUUACAGAAGCAAACAGAAAUUCACAAGAUACUUAAAAUGGAAUAACAUUUUGGUAGCAAAACAGAAACCAGUUUCUAUAAUGGUUCCAGUCCCUCUAAGAUUUCAGAUCAAUUUAAGGAUUGUGGAUAUUUUUUUUUUUUUUAAGUUUCAUGCAAUUGUGUAUCUCCGUGCUCUUCACAGUUAUUUUUCACUCUUCUAACUGUAUUUUUUUGUGACUUCCUGGUCCCUUAAAACUUUGAAAACAUGAUCAUCAAUCAUGUUUAUUUAUUACACAUCCAGAUUCUGUAAUAAUUUUCCUGCCGAUGUUCCACUCACAUCAUCUGUACCUUUUUAGAAAAGAAUCUUGAAUUGUAUAUAGUUAUUUUGCUUUACAGAAAAAAAAAAAAUGGUUUCAUAAGUAUUUUGCCUACUUUGGUUAACAUAGCACACAGGGAUACUUGUAAGAGAGUGACAGGGUGUGUACCAUUGCUGGAUCAGAACCUGCCCAAUAUUUGAGGUGGCUCUGAUCACCCGGCAGCCGGGGGCUCUAGCAGUCCAGUGGCCUCAUUGGUACUACAUCCUGCUUUAUGCAGAGACAUUCUCCAAUGAGUGUUCUCAGCUGGGAAGGGGGUGAGAAUGACUUCUUACCUUGGUAAACAUAUUAAACCACACAUUUGGGUUACCUAGCAAGUGAAGUUUUGUUUCUCUCUUGGCAAAUUGUGUCAAAGUUACUCUAAGCUGAGUCACCUUCCACUGAGGGAGACCCAUGACACCUUUGUAAUAAAUUGAGAAGCAAGAGUAUCCAAAAUGCUUAAGAAAAUAUUCCUCUGAUACAAAUAGCCUUCAACCCUACACCUGUAUUGUUGAAAGGAGAAAAAACAUUUUCUUAAAUUAUGAACCCAGCAGCUUUUACUCAUGUCCACCAGCUUUUUGCACAGGGAAUAAUGUGUAUCUAGCCAAGGACGAUCUAAGAGAAGUAAUUCCUGUUUUAUAUUGGGUACUUCAGGGGGGUCUUUAAAAGACUUGUUUUAUAUCUAUAAAUUUAGGUUAUUACAAAUAUAAGAUUUUUGUACCUUAAAUAUAAGCCUCAUUCCUAUUUCUUCUCCAUUAACAAUCCACCCAGAGUCUUGAAAAAAAAAAAAAAAACGAAAAAAAGAAAAGAAACACAGCACCCUCAGAAAUAGCCUUUGAGAAGAACUUGUGACAAAAUCAGUGUACCUUCCUUCCCUCAGAUGGGGACUCUGGUGCCUGUGCUGUUUCUUCUUCUUGUCCCUAACCAAGGAGUGGGCCAUUACUGCCUGCCUGACGUGACCCACACAGAGGACAGAGUUGCCUCACACUCUUAUCCCAGCCCCACUGUCCCCUAAACAGGGUAGAGGGAAAAUCCACAGAGACUGAAAAAGAAGAGAGUUGGGGACAAGUCACACAGCUUGGAAAGUUGGGGGAAAGUAAGGAAACCUAGAACCACAUGUUCCCUAAGCUGGACAAUCACCUGUGAUUGGACAGUCUAUAUCACACAGUAAGAAAUGUUUGUGUUCUGUGAGCUGGUCUCUUGAAACAGGAUUUGUAUUUCAUUUAUAUUCUGGUUGAAUUUCUCAAACACCUAAGUUCACCGAGCACGGAUUUCUUAUCCAGAGAUCAGAAUCUAACUGCAGACUCUUAGCAGGAUUUCCAAGCACUUAGCUCUGAGUUCUGUUCCUCCUUCACUCAAAUCCCCAAAGGCCUCUGCUCACCAUUCACUGGAAGUAACAAGGAACUGUCCGUUCCCCCUUUACAGACUAAUGUCCCAUAGAAAAGGCAUCAUCAAAGUACCUUGUUGUGAUCCUCUUUGGGAGAAGGAAAGGUUGUUUCCUGCAUUUCCUGGUAGGAUCAUUAUAGCUUUUAAUGUAAUGCUCCUGAAUUACAUCCACAUUAGGUCAGACAGAGUCCAGGUAAUUAGAUAUGAAUGCCUACCUAUACAUGAAUACCUAACCUAGUAAAAUCCACAGCCACCUCUGUCCCUUUCAGCAGUAUCUUCCCGAGUAGUGAAAUAGCCAGGUAGUGGACUGACCCUCCAUAAAAAAAUACAUAGUUUAGUUUACAAGCAAUAUUAGGCUACUUUGUAUUUUCCUCAUUAAUUUAUAACAAUUUCUUUUACACUCACAAAGUCAGUUUAGAAAAUUAUCAUGAACUCUUGGGAUGUGUAGUGGUAUUUUUGGAUCUCUGGAUUUUAUGUGUCAGCACAAGGAAUUUUUAUUAUUAUUUAAAAUAUUUAUUUAGAGGAGGCACGUUGUUGAUGUCUGUGAUACCAUGGGUUUUUAAAAUCUUCUUUGUGUGUGAUCUAAGUUCAUUAUCGACUGAAUAUAAUAGACCCCACUGUUCAUUUGUUAUAUACCGCUGAUUAAUUACAUCAUUUGUGUGGGAUUAGCUGUCAAUGUACUGCAAUAAUUCUUGUUCAGAAUAGUGAACUGGUAGCCAAAAAUACAUGUAUCACAGAUGUUAGGUAGAAUUUAAACAACAGUCAAGUGCUAUAGAAGUUUUUUCUGCUAAAUUAGUAGACUAAAGAAUAUUAUACCUUAGCCAUUGGGAGCAGCACGUUUUCCUUUGGUAGAUAGAACCUUAACACUAGUGAACAGUGCCAGUUUCAUACUUUGGAUUUAGAACUGUUCUCUAGUUCUUAUAACACAAUAUACUGUAAAUCCCUAAUUUACUUAACGUUACUUACUGGGAGUGGAGUAGUAAACUGUGUACAGGAAAGAAAUCUAGUCUUGUUAAACACGGGCUGUCCCCAAUUUAUAAGCAGAUCAUGUUACAAAGCCCUGUUAGUUGGUUGUUUGCAAGCCAGAAUGUAUUUUCCUCCAGGAACUAUGUUAUACAUGGUGUUUAGGCUCCCAGAGCAGCUAGGAAAGAUGAUCAGACCCAUGGUUUAGCAGAAUAGGAUAAUGUAACAUGAUUGCUAAAAAGCCUAACCACCAAAAAUAAUAUUGUUUCUAAGGAGUAUUUGUUCAGAGUUGCCAAGAAUAUGUCAUUCCUGUGAAUGAAGUCUGGACUGCCCACGCCAGCCACACACCAGAUGCUGGGUGGUGGGGGUAGAGCCACCACCAGUUAGUGGUGACCACAGUGGCCUGAAGCAGGGUGUCCAGCACAGGAGGGGGAGAAUAAAUCCAGGGCCACCAGCGAGGCACCAGAGAGCCUGGUGGUAGAAGGAGGAUGAAGGAGGAUGAGGGGACCUCUUGUGGGCUGGAAACCACCAGGGACGUGCCUCCCCUGCUAUCCUUUCUUUUGCCUGGAGUUCUCAGGCUUGGCCUGACUCUUCUGUUCAUAGGACCUGUUGCUCCUAUCGUUUGUCUCCUUCCCUGCCCAUUACAGAACAGGAUGCUGCUGCCUAGCUUCUCCUAUAUGCCAGUCGUUGAAGCACACAGCACUUUUAAUGGGUUUAGUGCUUACAAACCAUUGUUUAACUGCCUAGUAAUCAGAUCGGUGUAAAAAAGCUCUCUGCUGACCUUCCUUCUUUAUACUUCCAGACCGUGUUGAGAAAGGUGCACAUGGGUGAUGGUCAUGGGGCUGGGGGUGGACAAGAAGCUGUGGUAAGAUUCCUCAGUGUCUCAGGGGGCACGUGAGACAGUUGCCCUGCAACGGACUUCUUUCUGGAGUUGGACUCAGGCCUCUAAGCCAGUGGUUCUCAAAGUAUGGCCCCCAGAUCAGCAGCGACAGCAUCACCUGAGGCCUUGUCAGAAUGCAGGUUCUUGGGCCCCACCCCAGAACUAAUGAAAUCAGAAGUUGUCAGGGUGGAAGCCUUCAGCAGUCCGGGUUUGAAUGAGCCCUUUGGGCAAUCUUGAUACACAUCAAGUUUGAGAACCACUCCAGGUCACUUUGUCUUUCAUUUGUUCUCCCCAUUAGUCCUACCUCAGAGUAUGUUACCUAGGAAACGCUGGUGCAGGUGUACAAUCAUAAAGGAAGGCUGCCUGCACUCGGGGGUAUCUGGGCUGAGGCACGCUGAGAUUACAUUUUUUGAAGCUGCGAAGGAGGUGAGGUGUGUGUGUGUGUGUGUGUGUGUGUGGAGAAUGAAAAGAAAACACACUCUGUACAUGCAUUCUUGGAUACUGAAUUCGUGUCAUGAGUAAGCUCUCCACAGUGUUGGUGUGCGUUGUGUAAUGACCCAUUCUGUCCCUCUUUUAAAUUGAAUUCUCUAGAAAGUUCUGCACUUCAUAAGCAUCUCCAAGCUGCUCGGAAAAGGAUGUAGAGCCCAGUCCAUUUCAAUAGAUCGGAAUGCUGAAGGGCACAUUUAUUGGAGUGGAGAGGAAGUUGAUGAUAAGAUCAGAUUUGAUUUUAUGCCUUAGAGCAAAAGCCAUUAGUUUCCCUCAGUUUAUCAAUGUAAAUGGCUUGAGGCUUAGAAAGGGCGGAAGCUUUAAGAAUAGAAUUCCUCCAUUCUGGUUGUGUAAACUUGUAGCUGCUCUCAAAACAAAGAAGGUACAGGCUAUAUCAUUUAGCAAUGCUAAUACAUGGUUUUCCUUAGGGAUGGCAGAUCUGAGAAUCCUUUAGCGAAGAACACACUUCCUCUAAAAUACACACAGUGGAUUAUUUAUGAUGACAUAGGGCUUUCAGGUACAAAUUGGGAAUGGGGUGGCUAACAACUGAAAAAUACCACUAAAUCUAGAAGGGAAAGUUCUUGAAAAUUGUAAAAUUCACAAGGCUCAGACACUCUCCUUCUUUAGGGUUUUCUCAGAGGAAGGGCUUUGAACUGGGCCUGGCUGUCUACAAGUUUGAAUUUGUGUUUUUAAAAGGAAGAAUCUAUGCAGCUGAGGUUUAUUGUAGGAAGUACUUCGUUUGUAUGUAAAUAUGUUGUAAAUAAACAGGAGGCUGUAUAUUUUUUCAGUCGUUGGUCCACACUGAAAUAGAAGUCUGCAUAUCAAGAAUCUAGUCUACAUAUCAAGAAUAAAUGUUGUCCUAGAUAUUAGUGGUUUUGUUUGGGAACUAGACAAAUUUACAUUCUCUCCCAGGUAACAUUGUUCUCUCAGUGUAAACUUGGAAUCUAAAAAUCUUAAUUGUUUUAGAAAGCAAAAUGUCUGAGAAAUAGCUGUAAUGAUUUCUUAUACUGGUAUUAAGCUCAGUUAUUUAAGAGAUAAUCCUCUGAGCUACAAAUAAGGAAUAAUUAUACCCAAGUUAUUGUCAUAUAGAUAUACUCAAAAUGACAAAUUGUUUCUUCAUACUGCUCUUUCACUGUUAACACUGAUACCACUAUACAGUGUUUAUAAAAACAGAAGUUGGGGAGAAUUUUUUCCAAAAUUGAAUUGCUGCAUUUCCCAAACUUUGGGAUCUUUGAAAGGGGGGAAAAACCUGCACAUUGACUAUGAACAUGAAUUUGAAGGGGCGGGGGGGGGAAGGACCAUUUUAUCAAGUUUUUGAAAAUCUCGCAUGUCUGCCUUUCAUUUUCAGUGUUGACGCCAACAUAGACUGUCUGAAGCCAUUUUCACCCAAAACAUUUGAAUCUUGAUCAUUGGUACUUAAUCCACUCUCCAGAGUCCAGUUGUAUUUUAGACUUCAUAUAAGUCCAAUAUAUGUAGCACACCACAGUUUUAUUAAUGUAAAAACUUGUAAAUGACUUUCAGAUGGGUGAUAGAAGUGAAUGUCACAAGUCACAAAAUUUUGCUAUUCAUGGUUAAUCAAAUAGUUUAUUUUCCCCCCAGGAUGUGGUGUAAAUAAAGAAAUAUAAGAAGUUCUGUUCUAUAAUUGUUCUGUUAACAUAGUUUUUAAACAUUAAAAAUGUGAACUAAAAGUA